AUGGAUUAUCCUCCUGACCUCAAAAGUGGACCUGUGACCUCAAUCCUACGGAGGGGGAGCCAGAGAGCAGCAAUUCUAGCACCCAGCUGUUUGUCUAUGAAGAGUGAUGGGUCCAUGGAUUAUCCUCCUGACCUCAAAAGUGGACCUGUGACCUCAGUCCUACGUGACCAGAAGAAGCCUGUAAACAUUUCUAAAGAAAAGCUGGAGUCAGUGUUCAAGGAGCUGGAGGACAAAAUCAUCUCUCUGGUGAAGAAUGAGCUGAAGAGAUUUAAGAAUCUACUGAGCUCAGAUUACCCAGCAUGCACUGAGAGACAGGUGGAGGAUGAGGAGGAUCAGAGCAGUGUCAGAGAGGGGGCACUGAAGAUCACACUGCACGUCCUGAGGAAGAUGAACCGGACAGACCUCGCUAACACACUACUGACCAAACUGGCCCCUGCUUGCCACAGAAAGCUCAAAUCCAAACUGAGGGACAAAUGUCAGAAGAUUCAUGAAGGAAUCUCACAGCAGGGAACCACAGCACUUCUGAAUGAGAUCUACACAGAGCUCUACAUCACAGAGGGAGGGAGCGGAGAGGUCAAUAAUGAGCAUGAGGUGAGACAGAUUGAGACAUCGUCCAGGAGACCAGCAACACAGGAGACACCCAUCAAAUGCAGUGACAUCUUUAGACCCUUACCAGGACAAGACAAAGCCAUCAGAACUGUGCUGACUAAAGGAGUGGCUGGAAUUGGCAAAACAGUCUCUGUGCAGAAGUUCAUACUGGACUGGUCUGAAGGAAAUGUAAAUCAGGAUGUUCUCUUCAGAUUCCCACUUCCUUUUAGGGAGCUGAAUUUGCUGAAGGAGAAAAAGUUCAGUCUGGUGGAGCUUCAUCACUUUUUUCCAGAAACAUGUGAAUUAAAACCUAAACAUUAUACAAACUACAAAAUUCUGUUCAUCUUUGAUGGUCUGGAUGAGUGUAGACUUCCUCUAGAUUUCCAGAACAAUGAGAGAUCGUGGGAUGUAACGUCGACCUCAGUGGAUGUGCUGCUGACAAACCUCAUCAAGGGGAAUCUGCUUCCCUUUGCUCUUCUUUGGAUAACCUCUCGACCAGCAGCAGCCAAUCAGAUCCCUCCUGAGUGUGUUGACCAGGUAACAGAGGUAAGAGGGUUCAGUGAACCACAGAAAGAGGAGUAUUUCAAGAAGAGAAUCAGUGAUCAGGGCCUGGCCAACAGAAUCAUCACACACAUGAAGUCGUCAAAAAGCCUCUACAUCAUGUGCCACAUUCCAGUCUUUUGUUGGAUUGCAGCCACUGUUUUAGAGAGAAUGUUGGGUGAAGCAGAGAGUGGAGAGAUCCCCAAGACUCUGACUCAGAUGUUCACACACUUCCUGAUCUUUCAGCUCAGACACAAGGAUCAAAAGUAUGGACAAAGUAUGAAAGGACAAAAAGGUCCCACUCACCCAGGUCACAUGAGAGAACAUGUUUUGGCACUGGGAAAACUGGCUUUCCAACAGCUAGAAAAAGGCAACCUGAUAUUCUAUGAGGAAGAUCUGAGAAACAGUGGCAUUGAUGUCAGAGAAAUGACAGUGUAUUCAGGAAUGUGCGCUCAGAUCUUCAGAGAGGAGUUUGAGCUACAGCUGGGGAAGUCAUUCAGCUUUGUUCAUCUGAGUGUUCAGGAGUUUCUGGCUGCUGUAUAUGUUUGUCCUUCAUCCACCAAUACCAAUGUGCUGCAACAGACAUACUCUGGAUUUUUCAGUAUUUUCAAAACCCCAAUGUCUGUCUUCCUCAACAGUGCAGUGGACAAGGCCUUACAUAGUCAAAAUGGACACCUGGACCUUUUCCUCCGCUUCCUUCUGGGUCUCUCACUGGAGUCCAAUCAGACUCUCUUACGAGGCCUACUGACAAAGCGAGGAAGAUGCUCACACAGCAGAGAGGAAACAGUCAAGUAUAUCAAGGAGAAGAUCAGUGAGAAUCCCUCUCCAGAGAAAUCCAUCAAUCUGUUCCACUGUCUGAAUGAACUGAAUGAUCAUUCUCUAGUGCAGGAAGUCCAAACAUACCUGAGCAGAGGAGGUAACAGUAGUCUCCAUGGAGCCAGACUGUCUCCUGCUCAGUGGUCAGCUCUGGUGUUUGUGUUGCUGAACUCUGAAGAGGAGCUGGAUGAGUUUGACCUGAGGAAAUAUGACCCAUCAGAGGACUGUCUACUGAGACUGCUGCCAGUGGUCAAAGCAUCCAGAAAAGCCAUACUAUCUGGCUGUGGUCUCACAGAAGAGUCUUGCAAAUCCCUCACAUCAGUUCUACAAACAGAAAACUCCAGAGAGCUGGAGAUGAAUAAUAAUGAUCUGCAGAAUUCAGGAGUGGAGCAGCUCUGUGCUGGACUGAAGAGUUCAUACUGUAAACUGGAGAUUCUCAGUAUAGCUACCUGUAAUCUUGGGGAAAACACUUGUGAAAAUUUGGCAUCAGCUUUGCAACUGCCAAACUCCCUCCUGAGGGAACUGGACCUAAGUAACAAUGACCUGAACAAUUCAGGAGUGGAGCAGUUCUCUGCUGGACUGAAGAGUUCACACUAUAAACUGGAGUUACUCAGGAGAGAUUUACUGUCUGGUUGUUUGGUCACAGAGGAAGGCUGUUCUUCUCUGGCUUCAGCUCUGAGGUCAAACCCCCCUCACCUGAAAGAACUGGACCUGAUGUACAACCACCCAGGAGAGUCAGGAGUGAAGCUGCUCUCUGCUAGACUGGAGGAUCUCCACUGUAGACUGGACACACUCAGGCACCUUGUAUGUGUCCGUGGCCUCAAUGGACAUGCGGGCGUGCACGUCCACCCCGGUUCCAGACGUGCUACCUCCCCCAACGGUCCUCCACUCGCCUGCCACUCUAGGAGCAUCCCAGCAACGUUUGGGUAUCGACUAGGGAUUCAAUGGCCCAGCGUCAGCCACCUUGUCCAGGCCGUGUGCCUGGCGCUUUGUCGACUUCACCUGGCUGGUCAGACCAUCAUCAGGGUGAACAGGAACAAAAAGCAGGAACAGGAUGUUCUGCGCCUGAGCGUUGGCCAGUCCAACACACCCAUGUUGGCCCUGAAACCUCUCCCUCCCGCGCUGAGUAAGCUCCCAGAGCGUCUGACUCACGGGCACCCUGCUUUUGACUUUAACAUCCAGCAGGAUGUGUCUGGAGAUCCUCCUAAUCUGCAGUGCCAUGGCACCUUGUACGUGUCCGUGGCCUCAAUGGACAUGCAGGGGUGCACGUCCGCCCCGGUUCCAGACGUGCUACCUCCCCCAGCGGUCCUCCACUCGCCUGCCACUCUAGGAGUAUCCCAGCGACGGCUCAAGGCCCGCACCCCCAAGAAAUUCUUGGGGGUGUUCCCCUCCACUUCCGGGGUGGACACAGACACCAGUCACGGUCCUCUCCCCAAUCUCCUGGGAUCCAGGCAGCAGGGGAAGCUGCGUCGUCCAGAGGAACUUAGUGGCCCCUACCGGCAAGACAACCUAGAACAGAUGUCGGCUGAGCAGUGUGACAACCAUUAG